AUGUUACAGAAUCAACAGAAGAAUCAAGUUCCAAUUGCAUCCACAUUGACUCAAGCACCAAACAGUUUGACCCAAGCACAAAACCCAUUGGCCCAAGCUACAAACACGUUGACACAACCUCCAAAACCAUCAACCCAAGCUCCAACCAUGUUAACCCAAGUUUCAACUACUUUUUCAACCCAAGUUUCAAGCAUAUUGACCCAAGCUCCUAACACAUUGCCCCAAGCCACAAGCAUAUUGGCCCAAGCUGAGCAAGCUCAGAACACAAUGACCCAAGUUCCAAGCACAUUGAUCCAAGCCACAAACAUAUUGGCCCAAGCUCCAAACACAUUGACUCAAGCAAAGAGCAUAUUGGCCCAAGCUCCAACUCCAAACAUUUCGAUGCAAGCUCCAAGUACAUUGGCCCAACAUACAAACACUUUGAUCCAAACUCCAAACACUUUGACCCAACAAGCUCAACAAGCUAUCCCAGCCUCCCAAACAACUCCAGUUGCCAAUCAAACUGUAAAUCAGGAAAAGACUCUAAAUGCAGGCACAUCCAGUCAACCAAGCAACCUUCAAGUAACCCCACUUGGUCAGCCAAAUCUUCAAGCCCAGCCAGUUCUCUAUCAGAGUAGCCAACCAGCUGCUAGUUAUCCAAACAGCCAGGCUAAUAUUGGUGUCAAUGCCCAAGCUGUUCAAUCCAUUGGUAGCCAGGUUGUACAAGUUACAUCUAUGGCUAAUUAUGCCAGCAUCCAAUCAAAUGUUGCCCUUGGGGGAGCCAGUCAUGAACCCCAUGGAGUACAAUCUCAUACUGUUUUAAAUACCCAGAUAGUACAGGCCACGCCAAGAGUUGAACCAUCUCAUGUUGGCUUGCCUCCCCCCGGUGUACAGUCUAACCCUGUACUUGGACAAGCCACACCUGCCAUUCAGUCUAAUCUGACUUUGCCUCCCCCUGGUGUUCAAUCCAAUCCUGUUCUUGGUGUACAAACAGGACAAAUCACUCCACAAUUUCAAUCAGCUUUGCCUCCACCAGGUGUUCAGACAAAUCCACAGCUUUCUGGUCAAGUAAGACCAGCCACCCCAGACCUCCAAUCAAACUUAGCUCUUCCUCCCCCAGGGCUACAAACCAAUCCAGUGCUUGGUGGCCAAAUCACUCCAAAUGUCCAAUCAAAUGUUGCCUUCCCGCCGCCAGGCAUACAAACAAAUCCAGUACUUGGUGCACAAAUGGCCCAAACCGCUCUGCCCACUCCAGCAGUAUCUUACCCCCAGACCAACUUUUCUGUACCCCCACCUCAGAUACAAGACCCCCUACUGAGUUAUGAAAUUGAUCGCGAAAAGGCCAUACAGCUCAGUAGGAGAACAAAGGGAAUUGAUAUCGACAGAAGUCAACUAAAUAUAGAAACAACUCAAUUUGGUUACCAUAGUAACAUUGACACUUCCGCAAGUAGUUCUUCAACUCUGACAACAAAUCCUUUUAUUAAUCGCAUUGCGAAAGUUGAACCAAUGCCUCCUGCCGAAAAACACCAGUCAAAUCCAUUCCUUGAACUUGAUUGCACUAUGGAAUUCAUGAAUCGUGUACGAAGACUUGAAUUUAUCAAGGAUGUAUGGAAUUUUGGCCCGAAGAUAUUCUGUUCAUUGAAGACCAUACCUGGCUGCUGGGAAAUUAACACCUCAACGGAUGUAGUAGAACUAUAUUAUCAAUUGUUAAAAUCGGGAGGCCAGUAGUUAGAUCAAUAAAAAACAGUUAUAGAUGGAGGAAUGAUGGUGAAUAUUUAAGUAUUAAAAUAAAUUCAGUUGAAUAAUAGACGUAUGAAAUAAUGUUUAAAGUCGAACGAGACUUGGUGACUCGUUUUUCCAGAUAUCAUGUGAAUUUAUUGAAUUUUCAUUAAAUUAUAUCUCAUUUGAAAGUAAACUUGCAUUUAAACUACAGAACUUCUGGCAAUCAAGAAUGUGAAAUAAAACUUCAUUAUGCUUAUAUUGUCAAUACUUCAUUAUGCUUAUAUUGUCAAUAUAUGGUUUUUAUGUUUCCUAAAUCAGGAUACAGUAAAACCUGUUUAAGUGGAACACAUUUGGUACCUCUCAAAUGUGUUCCACUUGGGAGGGGUUCCACUUGGGAGGUGUUCCACUUGGGAGGUGUUCCACUUGGGAGGUGUUCCACUUGUAUAGGUCCAUUUAAUAUGAAGUCAGUUGAUCUUUGGACUCUAAAAAGUGUUCCACUUACAAAGGUGUUCCACUUUACAGGUUCCACUGUUUUGUAAAAAUCAACAUUUUUUUAUAUCUUUACCGCAAAAUUUUGUUACUCAAAGAGAACAGAAGUGUUUGUCAGUACAGAUUGGCUUGCUCAAUCAGGUAUUGUAAAAAUUGUAUCGUAAAAAAAAACUCUCCCAAAACUACAAACGCUAUGAAAACAGAAAUGCUCAUCAGUAAGAUAUAUACAGGGUGUCAAAUAAAUAUGUUUUCCCCUCCUUAGCUUUAACAUCAACAUAAUGCAUAACUUUUUCCUCUAGAUCUACAUGAUGUCUGACUUGUUCUUUAGCACAACAAAACUAGGCUUCAUGGAGCAACUCCACCAUAAGUUUCAGAUGACUAGCUUGACUAGAUGUACUUUUAUGCACAAAAAAGUUCAUUCUCUUGAAAUUGAGGAGAACAUAUUAUUUAUUUGACACCCUGUAUAAUCACAUGAGGAUCACAGUAUUAAAACGUUGAACUAAAGAAACAAUUUCUCUGGGUUCUUACCAAACAUUUAGUGAAUCUGAAAAAUCAUGUUUUGCUUAUAAAUAUGAGCAUGUAUUUUGAAUCAUAUUCAGGUUUCAUUCAAACAUUCUCUUUUCAUUCUCUAUAGCAGUUUUGAUGGGAAAGGUAUAGAAACUAUGUACAAUGUUGAUAUUCAAUAUUAACAGUGUUUAUAUACAAUAUAAUACAAUGAGUAUAUACAAUAUAUGCAUGAACAUUAUAUGAGAAUUAUAUGAAUUAUGUAAGUUAAGUUCAUUUAUAAAAGUUUGUAUAGACAAAUCAAUUCAUAAUGUUAUGUUAUUAUUGUACAUGUACAAGUACUUGAGUUGAAAAGUUAUAAAAUAGAAUAGAUAGAUUUUAUUAAUGCUAUUAAGGCAUUGUGUUUCCUUUAAACCAUAGAUGCAGAAAUAUCAAAAGUCAUAAGAUAUAACUUUUUGUGUUUAUUAAUUGUCAUAUAACUAAGGGUGUGACUAAUGGCACAGCACAUUUUCAGUUUUUUUCAUCACACAAAUAAAUAAAUAAAUAAAACCCACAAUAUUCUACACUAUAGAGG